AGGGCGAUGCGUUUGUUUCGACGGCGACAGCCUGAGAGCAAAUUAUUCGGGUCAUGCGCGCGAGAAUCAACUCGGAACUCAAUUAUACGCGACGCGUCCGCCGAAUGCGAAUCCUUCGUCGGCGUGCGUAGCAGCAGCAGCAGCAGCAGCAGCAGCAACACCGCGUUGAUCGCCGCGAGCACGUUCGCCGCGGCCGCGAAAAACGACGAAGAGCAACAUCGUGUGCAGCCGGGUGCUGCCGUCGCUUCGCGUCACAUCGCGUCGGCGAGGAAAACCAUCGCCGGAGGAAAGAAAAGUUGGCGCGAGAGGGUCAACCUUGCGACUCGGUUCACAUCUGUUUUACUGUCUCGCAGAAUUGUUGCAAAGAUCUCAUUAUUAACAAACGUCAGAGUUGCGAUCAACAAUGUGGGACGUCACUGUGACGCAAUCAAACGGAUCGGAAUCCUCGGGGGGAACGAGAAGAGGACGGAAGGAGCGUCAGCGCGUGGACGUCGCACGUGUUUAACAGUAAUAGUCGAGGUCCGGCCUGGACCACGAGAGAGCGUAUAUCCCACGGCUGUACAACAUCCUUGAGCGGGGAGAAGCGCGUCUCUCGGGUGAGUAAUGAUGAAAGCGCGAGUCGGACGGCCGACCUCGUCGCCUCGCGUCGUCUUUAAACGCGCGAGUAAUGAGCGAGGCUGGCUACAUAUUUCCGUCGCGAUCUCCUGUCAACAGGGCGUUCCUCUAUUUUCGUCGCGUCCGUCCGUCCGUCCGUCCGUCGGUCUCACACGUGGAUACUAGUCUCGCUGUGUGUUUGAGCGAGCGAAUAAAUAAGCGGCUGAAUGCGUAGGUGCGCGCGUUCCGAGAAUAAAGCGAGCGGCAUAAGACGCGCGAAUAAUGAGAUGUG